GGAAAAAGAAAAAGAAAAAGAUUACAACUACAAGCACCUAAAACUUGAAAACUCGAAAUCCAUUGCAGUUUACGUGUUUCCACACUUUUUUCUUUUCUGCGGGCAUUGAUUGACGUCACGCGGGCAAUUGGAAUAUUGCGGAGAAAAGCUACCUAUUUCCUGUAAUUUCUCAGUUUCGAUCGGCAUCUUGCAAUCAUCUGCAAAUAAAGCCAUUCCUUCCUCAGAUCAAAUACCUUUUGAUCAAUCUUUCUCUAAAAGUAGUUACACAACACCUGCAUUUAUUCAUUCUACCUCUCAAAUAACUUCACCACAUACCAAACAAAACCUACAUAAAAAUGGCAUCCACCACAUCCACAGCAACCACACCAGCCCAGACCAGUACUUCAUACCACGACGAAGCCUCCCUCCCACAUCACACUAAAUCCGCCCCCAACACCACAACUUCCCAAUCCACUGAAGCCGAGGUAUCCAUGCCGGACGGCCGCCGCAAUUCCCUCGGCGAACCCCUACAAUCCUCAGUCGAAACGUGGAAACCGAAUCUGGUCAGAAAUCAAAGUUGGAAUCAUCAGGAUUUGAAGAGAUUACAUGUUGAAGAGGGUCUGAAGAAGGAGGAAUGGAAUAAUGAUGAGGGCGUGGCGGGUCUGGGAUAUAGUUAUGAGAAUGAAGAGAAUAGGAAGGUGUAGAGGGUAGGGAUAUGGUGUUGGGUUGAGUGGGAUGGUGAAAUGUGGGGUCUGGGAGGAUGUGAGGGGUUGGAUGGACGUGGAGCUGGAGAGUAUUGGAUGGGCGGGGAUAAAUUGAUAUCGUAAGUGGAUGAAUGAAAGAAUGAAUGAAUGGACUGGCAAGGACGGACGGACGUAAAAUUAGCUGUUGCUCAGGCAGAAGGAAUUGGAAUGGCAUACGUGGGAGGAAGUAAAGAAGCAUAAUUUGGUAUCGACGGUCGGUUUGAAGGAAACACAUGCUGCGUCGGUCUAUGAAUUCGGGUAAAAUGAAAGCUUCAACAUAGUAAAUUACAUCAAAAAAUGCUAUUUAUCAC